GCGCAGAGCUGGUACGGGUUUGUGCCUCCUGAUGAGAAGCACGGGCCGUCCACAGACAAGAAAGAGCAGUGAACCUAGCCAUGGCACUGUUAAGGAUCUACAGAUAUCACUCGUCUAGUCGGUGUUGAGAACAUACUCGGUGAAUGCAGCGUUGUUUUGAGGGGAUAACUGUAGGCUAUUCGUUCGUGGAGCUGGACUUCGGCGGGCAACGGGAGGAUGUUAACUCGGAGAGGACGCAAGGUUUAUGUCAAUUAAAGAAGUGAGCAGGAAGAACAGUGAUUUAACACGCAGCUAUGCGCUGUUUGUCGUUUUAAUUAGUUUGUCUUUGUUUGAAGAACUGCUUUUCUAUUCCAGCGACGGAUAAGAGAGGGACGCCUUUCUGAGUAUUCAUGCAUUCACUUUCGCAAGAGAGUUGUGUUUCGUCAAAGAAACUGUGGAAAAACAAUUAAGUUCCAUUGACAAGACAGCCUACACCAUCGUCUCUCCAGACAUUCACAAAAAUGUUGAAAUUCCACAAUUCUGACUUAUGGAUUGCCUGGCUGGUUUUAUUUUGCAUGGAAGGUGAUCAUCUAUCAGGGUGGCCAGGUGUUCAGUUUAGCCAACCAUAUGAAUGGGAGGGUGGGCUUCGUGGCCACCAUGCCCAGCACAAGUGCCUCAAUCUUCAUCAACAACACCCAGCUCUCCGACACGGGCACCUACCAGUGUCUGGUCAACAACCUCCCCGACCGAGGGGGCCGCAACAUCGGCGUCAUCGGCCUCACCGUCUUAGUCCCCCCCUCCAUCCCCAGCUGUCGUGUGCAGGGGCCGCUGGACGUGGGCAGUGACAUCAUGCUGAUGUGCGGCUCUGACGAGGGCAUCCCCACGCCCACCUACGCGUGGGAGAAGCUGGAGUCGGUGCCGCGGCUGCCCCACACCGCCAUGCAAGACCAGAUGCAGGGGACGGUGACGCUGCGGAACAUCAGCACCAGCACGUCCGGCCUCUACCAGUGCACCGCGUCCAACGCCAUCGGCAAGAGCACCUGCCUCCUUAACGUCCAAGUGGUGGCACCUCAGCCUCAGAGCGUGGGACUGAUAGCGGGCACCAUCGUCACGGCCGUGUUGGCGGUGAUCAUCUGCGCGCUGCUGGUGGUGGUCACUCUCUUCUACUGGAAGAACAAGAACAAGUACGAGGAGGACGAGAUCCCCAACGAGAUCAGAGAGGACGAUCUGCCCCCCAAGCGCUCGUCCUCGGUGAAGGCCUUCCACGCCGACGCCUCGUCCUCGGAGAACGACACGCUGACGUCCACCAACACCUACAACAGCCGCUACUGGCACAACCCCAAGCCCAACUACGACACCAACUCCUACACGCGCUACAACGGCGACACGCGGCAAACCUUCAGCGCCGCCACCACGGCCGCCGCCGCCGCCACCACCCACACCACCCACGGCCACGGGCACUCCGCGGGCAGCGGAAACCCCCACGCCGCCGCCGCCACCACGCAGCAGCAGCCGGCCCGCAUCGUGGCGUACGCCAACGGCAGCCACACGCUGCCGCCGCCCAAGACUCUGGUGGUGACCACCAACUCGGCGCCGUCCCCGCCCGUCAUCACGCGCAGCAACGGCUCGCUCAGCCUGCGGCCGUCCGCCGCCACGCCCACCCCCGCGGGGCACACCGGCGGCGGCCACGGCGGGCACGGCCAGCACACGCACUCCUACGCCGUGAGCCAGGCCACGCUGGAGCGCAUGGGCGCCGUGCCCGUCAUGGUGCCCGCGCAGAGCCGGGCCGGCUCGCUGGUCUAAACAAAUAAACAAACACGCAAACAAACAAACAAGCAAAUAAGCAAAUAAAAGUAUACAAAGAACGAAACUUAUCCACUGGAAAAAGUGUAUAAAUGAAUAAAUAAAUAGGUAAAUAAACUGGAUUUUAUAUAAAAAAUACAGUAUGUCCGAUGCCAAUAUUUGUUUUUUUUUGGCAGAAUCCAAUCCAGAGCAGCACCAAGCGGUUUUCAAACUCUUCCUGCUAGCGUUUCUUUCUUUUUUUUCUUUUUUCGUUUGAUCUCAUGACAUUGCCGACCUGCUGGGAGAGACUGUGUGUCCAGCACCUGCAUGCGAAAAAGGAGAUGGAUGAAAAAGGAAACUCCCCAGAUCCCACCAGGAGCAAAACAAACCAACCAACCAACAAAAACAAACAAAAACAAAACAAACAAACAUGACUGACCCACAAUUCCACAGGAGACAACAAAUCUGCACAGCUUCAGCCCCGUAACAGUUCUCCCACCGUCGUCCUCUGUCUAAGAAGGUGCAGACAGGACGUAUAUAAUUUUAAGACAUCUAUACAGUGUGUCUGGACAUAUAUUUUUAUUGAUAAUGUUAUUGAGACAUCAUGUGAAUGUGCAUGUCCAUGUAAUUCAAACAAAAAACAUCCCAGCACAGCCGGUAAGGAUGAGGACUCGUACAGCUCUUCCCGCUUGGACUACCCACAUGACAUGGAGGAGAGAGGAAACCGUCCUUGAUAUGACAUGCUGUCUUGUGCUGUGUGCUGUGUGCUGUGUGCUGCGGCAGUCUUAACCGAGUGGCUGGAAAUAGAGUGAGAGAUAGAAAAUAGCCUUUCGAGGUGGAGAGGUGAGAGACAGAGAGACUGUCGGAGAGAGAGAGGUGAGACAGAGGGGAACGAAUGGUGAAAAAGAAAAAGCUGAGAGGAAGAAGGAAAUAUAACACUGUCUGUUUACAUCCAUUUGGUCUCGUUUAAAUUUUUGUCGCUCAUUCUCUCUUUUGUUUUUUUUUUCGUUUGUUUUUCUUGUUUUGCACUGCAAUCAACGUAUGUCCCAAAUCAACUAUCUGUUCUAUGUAAAAGUCUUACAUAGAUGAUUCUUUUUGAACAAUUUAUUGAUUCAUCAAAACUGAUCAAAUAGCUUUAUCCUACCUCUAACAAAUAUACUAAAUAAAAAAUAGUACACUGUAAAGGUAGAUUUUUAACACUAUUUCUGGUGUUACAGAAAUGACAACAGACGGGGGAAAAAAUCCUAAUAUCCUGAUAUGAGAAACCUUUCGAUAUUUAAACUUGAAAUGCGUGCUGUCUGUCUACUUAUUAUGUUUACUGGGCCCAGGUCCAGUAGAUCUCUAUACUCUUUAUUUUCUUAACAAAAUGUCCGACUCACCGCAUUGCUGCUCUGAAAACAAUGUAGAUGUCUUUGGUAUGUCUUGUAUACUUUAUAAAAAAAAAAGAUUCUAAUUUUGUUUUUCUGCUUGUUACUAACAACUAUUAUGUUAUGUUUGUUAUUGUUUUGUUUUGUUUUUUUACUGUAAAUAUUGUAACUAUUUGUAGGUUAGAAUGUGAAUUAAAACAUUCUUUUGUCCAA